AUGGAUCCAUCCACCGAUCCGUCCACACACAACCAAUCUUACGGCUUCCUCGACGGUAUCCAAGCCUAUUCCAACUCCGACAACCUCCAAAAUGGCGAGGACUACAGCCAAUAUUUCGACCCUGCCCUGUUCGAGAACACUACCAUUGGACAGAGCUUCUCUCAGCAGCCACAGUCCAUUUCACAGAAUUUCGAUUCGAAUAUUCCCAGACAGUCCAAUAGCCCGGGCAUACAGCAGUAUACCUCCGCUCAACCCACCUACUCUCAUCAACAAUAUUCCCAAUCCCUCUACGACUCUCGCCAGCUAUCCCAGCCCAAUUAUGAUCCCAGAUUCUACCCUCGACAUUCUCCUUCACCCGUGGGAUUCGAUGGCGGAUAUCCCUACCAAAGUCCUAUGGGCUACCCCAACCAGAACUACAAUUCACAGCACAUGAACAUGCCGCCACGGCAGGAUCAUACUCCGACACCAAAUUAUCCGCCAAGACAGCAACACCCUUCGCCGUAUGUUAACAUCGGACCGCGUCCGUCCCAGCUGUCACAAGUUCAGAAUGCCGACAUGAUGCAUUUUGGGAACUUCCCGGAGCAGAAUCACCAACCAUCAAGUGCUUUUGUCGAUCCAUCCAUGUUGACUGGAAACCAAAUGAUCAACGCAAAUAACAACAACUCGAACUUCCCAGCUCAUCAACAGUAUAUGCCGCCUUCCUAUUUCAAGGCAGGGUCUACCGUCGAUCCAAGAUCUCUACAAGGGGUUCAGCCUCUGCAGCCUAUGCCAACAGCUUCCUCCCAGAGCCCUCAUCCCGGUAAGACAAUCAUCCAAAGUUGUCACUCGAAUCUAACGAAUUCAGCACCAGCGGUCCAGCCGAAGCCUGAGAAGAUCGCCAAGUCAAAGACGCCCAAAGAUCCUCAUGCACCCAGGAAAUCUAAAACUAAGACGAAGAAGGAUGUUGCUGCGGACACCAAGACCGAAGAGCAAGCCUCCGACUCCGAGUCAAGUUCUGAUGAUGAGUUGUCAUUUGAAGAUGAGGAUCCUCCCGAGAUGACCCCCACUUUGCUUACAGUUUCUGCUCCGACUGAUGAACGUGGAAAAGCUCUUUACAGUUCAGUGCAGGCAGUUUGGGCUCCACGGAAUAGACCAGCUCCACCCGAAAAGAUCCGAAAUGGCAUUGCUGGCUUUGGUGAUACUGUGCGAAGUUUGAGAGAUGCGUGGAAAGUCAAAAAUGACAGUCUGAGAAAGGCUGAGAUCCCCAACUCUCCUACAGCAUCAGACGCCGCCAGAUUAAAGGAUGAAGUGGCGCGUUAUCGAACGGUUAUGGAAAGCGUCAUGGCUCGAUCCAAUAUGUAUGGGCAUCCAGCCAUCGUCAAAAGACUAGGUGAAAAUCAGUUCACAAUGUCGGCCCUAUACUCCUUCAUGCUGGACAGAUUCAAUGCGGGAGACUAUGACAGUCCCCUCGUCAGCGCGAUUCUGGAGUUCGUGGUCAAAUUUGAGACCCUUGAUACUGAAAUGCUAGAGAUGACCAAACUAUCCAAGAUACUGCAGCGUUUCACUAAAAGGGCAAGCAGUGAAAUAAAGACAAUGGCACAAACCAUUCUGGAUAAUGCUGCUGCUGCUUCUGCCAAAAAGGCAUCCGCUGCCGCCGCCGAGAAUAAAUCUGAUAAGCCGGCAUCACCUAAAUCAACUGGGAGUCCGGCCGAUGGGGCACGGAAAGAAGUGGUGACAGGAAUGAAACGUCCCCGAGAAGGGGAUUCAUCGUCGCAGUCGGCGCCGAAGAAAGUUGUGAAAGUAAUUGCGCAGUCAUCGAAACCUCUGGCUCUUCAAAAUGCUGAGCGGAGGAAAGCGUUGGAAACGGCUAAGACAGGAGAGAAGAGCGCGACAACGACGACCGCGACGACGUCGACUGCUAAUGCGGCAGGAAAGGCCAAGGUCGCCGUGACAGCACCGCCCAAGUCUGCAUCUUUCUCGUCCUUAAUGUCCGCGUCCAAGAAGCCAGGAACGUCGCUGGCGGCGCGAGCUGCCGCUGCAGCCAAAGACAAGACGACAACCGGCCCUUCAGCGGGUUCCACGCCAUCAUCGAAAAAGGAAAAUGCCAGGAAAGAAUCCCCCCCGAGGAACGUCAGCUCUGCACCUGUUGCCAAGACCGCGUCAUCCUUCUUAGGCCUGUUGGCCGACAUGGAGAAAAAGCCGGAGAAGGAGGCGAAAAAGGAAACAGAAAUUCCUAAUGAAACCGAAGAACAAAGAGCAAAACGCCUUCGGAAAGAAGCCCGUCGAAAACUUCGUGUAUCCUGGAAGGCAGAUGCAGAACUUGUGGAGACUCGACUAUUCACUCACGACCCCGAAGAAGAGAUUGGCCAUGGUGACAGUAUGAGACGCGAUGCAGGUGACACUGGCCGUGAAGGUGAAGCGCUCAAGCUUCACAAAGACAUGGAGGAGUUGGAGGAGGAGGAGGAGGAGGAGGAGGAUUCGUUUGAAGAACUCGAGCCGUACUCUCCACCUUCCGAGGUGGACUUUAGUGUCCUCAAAGACGAAACAGAUUCACUCUCGAUCAAUUCCAUCAAGUAUGGCGGGACAGUGAAACCUGAAAGCCCAAGCAGCGAAAAGCAGAAUAAACAUGAACAAGACACGGUCAUGGCCACCUACGCUUCCAAAGCCGAUCGUCCGUCCACACCAAAGGAACCAGACGACAGCAUGGAGGAUGAAGGUGAUUUUGAACCGGCCGAACCCGAGACACCAUUUGGUGAGCCGAAUGAGACAACCCGUCGACGUGAGAAAGAGUAUCUGGCUCGACAAGCUCAAAAGCAACCAACUCCCAAUACCAUGCCGACGAGGACAGACUUGGCGACGCAGGUUCAAGCCAUGAGUGCAGUGCAGACUCCACAACAACAGUCUACAGGAGUGUCACCCGAACUUCAACGCGUUUUGAGCAUGUUGCAGCAACAGAACCAGUCUACCCCGCCUCCACAAGCUGCGCCUGCUUCGAAUGUGAAUCUCCAAGCACUUUUGCAGACAGUCCAACAAGUCACCCAGCAAUUUCAAGGUCAAAACCAACCGCCACAGUAUCAAGCUCCAGCUCAAAAUACUGCAAUAUCGGCUAAUCUCAGCGCCCUCUUGGCUUCGAUGCAGCAGUCUUCACAAGCCCAGCCCGCCCCCCUUCCUAUCGGUCUAAGCAAUAAUCCUAAUCCCUACCCGGGUGCCAUCGACGACUCCUCACGCAAACAUGCACGUGCCGACUCGAACGACUACGAUAACGACUACAGCCGAAAAGGGGGGAACAAAAAGAAAAAGGGCGGCGUUUCUGGUGACCAACCCAAACCAUACAACUACAAAACCCAGAUUUGCUCAUUCUGGGAACAAGGCAAAUGCAUCAAAGGUGAUGCUUGCACGUAUCGUCAUGGCGAUGAGUGA